AUGGCGAGGCCUCCAACCCGGGGGCCAUUCCACCCGUCGCGUCGGCGUCGGUGGUGCCCUGCUCAAGCGUUCGCACGAGGCGAUCCGGCUCAGGACCUCGACGUUAGGAACGGUAGAAUAGUGACGUCGAGCGAUGGCAGGACGAGCGUGUCGAUCGAGGAGGCCGCUCGCGACGUUAAGCAAGCGGUGGAGGAAAAGUACAAGCUCUGUGACGAGACGCUCUCUAAGCUUCUGCAGUGGAUCUCCGAAAUUGAGGACAAGCUGGCGAAUCAGGAUACCGUCAAGGAAGACGUAGAGCAGUUAAGAAAGCAGAUAAUUAUCAUGAAAGAAAUAAAGGAAGAUCUUGAAUCGCACAAUCGAUCCGUUUCAUCCUGCUUGGAUCAGAUUCGACAGGUCGUCUUGACGGGCAGCAAUGUGUUAUUCAGCGACAAAGAGUCUACUUUGGAAAAGAACAGUCGAUUUUUUAGAACCCGAUUUGACAAAGCGUUAGAUCGCAUUGACAAAUUAGUGAAACGUCUCAUUGGUGCCAGAGAUGAAUUAACAAAGUUCAAGAAUGAACUCACGACGUUCUCGAUUUGGUUGGAUAAGGCCAGAAGCGUGCUUGAAGAGGAGGAGCGUUCCUUAUCCGAUCUGAACAAGCUCAGUAGCAGCACGGAUACGACUCACCUACGUGGACGUGCGCAUCAGCUGAUGAUGGAAGUUGGACGAGUCGUACAAAUUGAAGGCAAUCUGAUGAUGAGACACGAGCUGCGAGUUGCCGAGGAGCAGCGUGAACUUAGCUUGAACAACUCGAAACGACGCGGAAAGAAAGUGUCUGUAGAUUUCAACGUGAGAGAAUAUUGUACGAUGUGCGAUCUGAAUUUUUACGGAACCUUGUCUACGCAUAGAAAGAGCGAAAAGCAUCAUCAAUUAAAAAUCUUUUUGCAUCCCCGCUGUUUCCCUUGUCUAAAAGAAUUCCCGUCUCGCAUAGAAUACGACGAGCACUGUUUAACACCCGCUCAUAUGAAGAAUGCCGUUCAGCGCGAGGAACAACGAAAAAAUAAAAAGAAAGACAAACUGGCAAAGGGAGAAGCUGAGGUUCGCACCGCGGAAGAUGAGGAGAAAGAUGUUUGUCAUGACGCGAAAAACGAAAAAGAGGAGGAUUCAGAAGAACAAGGAUACAUCACGGAUAUUAUAGAAAAUAUAACUGAGAAGAAAUUCAAAAUACCAUCUUACAAAUAUUGACGUUAAAAUCAGAUCUUUAUAUUGGUAUGGAUUAUUUAAGAAAAGUUAUAAGUUUAAUUUAUGUAAAAUUAAUUUAUAUAAAAAA